GUUGGAAAGGAGUAAGAGGGAAUAUCCAACUUGGCCUUGAACACCUCCAGGUUGAGGGAAAAUGGAAAGGCUGUUGUGUCUCAGGAACCAGAAAGCAAUACCUGGAGUGAGAAUGAGUGGCUAGGAAAGAGCCCAGAGGUUUUGAAGGUCCUGAUCUGCCUUGGAAAGCCCAGCUGGACUGAUGGGAAUCAGCCUUUGCGGACGGAUCGGGAGCGGUGGUGGUUGGUUUUGCAUCGCUGGCGGUACCUUGGAGCCAUGAGCACGUCUGCCCCGCACCCCAGCAAACUGCUGCUGCUUUGGGCCACUCUCAGCCUCCAAACCCUUCAUUGCUUUGGUGCUGCAGACGAAGCCCUCUGCCUUGGUGGCCCCAAGGAGAGCGUGGCCGGCAGCAGGCGUGCCCGGUCUGUGAGUACCCUGCCGCAGCCCCGCGACUGUGUGCUCUCUGCCUGGUCCUCGUGGAGCAGCUGUGAUCCCUGCCAGAAGAAAAGGUACAGAUUUGCUCUCUUGGAACAACCUUCUCAGUUCGGCGGAGAUGCCUGCGAGUACUCAGACAGGGAGAGCGAAGGCUGCGCCACGAGCAGUCCCUGCAGGAGUAAAGUCAGGUGUGAUGGCUUCGUCUGUGCUCUUACAGGGAGAUGCAUCACGCGGAGGCUGCUCUGUAACGGGGAUGAUGACUGUGGGGACCUCUCAGAUGAAAGGAACUGCAAUAAAGUCAGUAAGAAAUGUGACCAGAAGUGGGAGCAGUACUGGGGAAUAGAGAAUCUGGCAAAAGGGUUGAAUGUCUUCACUAGCGACUUGGAAGGGUUAGUUCUUGAUCACAGGUACUAUGCUGGGGGAUGUUCUCCCCAUUACAUCAUGGACACGAGGUUCAGAAAGCCACACAACGUUGAAAGCUACACACCAGAGACCAAAGGCAAGUACGAGUUUACACUGGCUGAGUACGACUCCUACUCCAGUUAUGAAAGCAGUGUCCUGAGGGAAAAAUCUAAGGAGUUCAGCAUCGCCUUCGGCAUCAAAAUACCCACAGUGUUUGAAGCGGGUUUCAGUUACAAAGACAACAGGUUGAAGAAGUUCAUUCAAAGGAUGAAAAGGUUUUCUUCCACUGCCAGCAAAUUCGUCCACGCCCGUUCGGAGCUGGCCGUGGCCACUUACAGGCUGAAGCCCCGAGCCUUGGUGCUGCACCACGAGUUCCUGCAGCGGCUCCGCCAGCUCCCGCUGGAGUACAGCUACGGCGAGUACCGAGAGCUCUACCGGGACUACGGCACCCACUACAUCACCGAGGCCACCGUGGGGGGCGUCUACGAGUACACUUUGGUCAUGAACAGCGACGAGCUCCAGAAGGCAGGUUACUCUCUGAGUGAUGUCCAGAAGUGCGCUCAGGGGAGCGCUAAGAUUGGUGGCAACAUUGAGGGCGUCUAUGCGGUCCUGGGAGUCAGUGCAAGCGACUGCAAAACCCUUCUGAAAGAGGUUGGAGAUGCAACUGCCAAGAAACAGUUUGUGGAAGACUUCAUUGCCCUGGUUCGUGGCGGAGCAAGCGAGCACAUAACCACCUUGGCUUACAGAGACCUGCCCACAGCCACCCUGAUGCAGCAGUGGGGAGAUGCUGUGCAGUACAACCCCGAAAUCAUAAAGAUGAAGGCAGAGCCCCUGUACGAGCUGGUGACUGCUGCAGACUUCGCCGGCGCCGGCGCGAUGCGAGCGAACCUCCGCCGGGCCCUGGACGAGUUCCUGCAGGAGAGCAGCUCCUGCCGCUGCGCUCCCUGCCGCGGCAACGGCAUCGCCUUCCUGCGAGGAAGCCAGUGUGAGUGCAUAUGUCCCCUGGGCUACAGUGGCAUUGCUUGUGAGAUCACCCAGAGGAAAGAUGAUGCUGUGGAUGGAAACUGGGGUUGCUGGGCCAGCUGGUCUCCGUGUGCAGGAGGCCAAAGAACAAGGAGGCGGCAGUGCGACAACCCUGCCCCACAGAAUGGUGGCUCACCCUGCUCAGGGCCAGAUGCUGAGACUCUUACUUGCUAGAGGGAGUCCUUAGCAACUUCCACAAAGCCCAUCAGCAGUUGCCAAGCUGAGUGGGAAGAUGUUUCCUUGCCUGGCUGGCUAAGCUGGCUUCACUUUGAGUACAGGUCUCAUCCAAGCUGGAGACGCUUCAGAGCCAGGCAUGUGCUGGAGCCGCACCUUGCAGUGGUCUCUCGGGUCCAAAUGUGCUUACUCUUGUUCAUGGCUCGACUCUUCUCUGCCCUUAUUGCAGUGGGCUGACUCAGACCAGCUUUGUCUCCUGCAUUCUUUGGUAGCUGCCCCAUCUUUCAAGUCUUGCUGCCUUGUUUCUGAAGGUUCCUCUUGAGUUCAGAGGAGCUUGUUUGAUCUGAGGUGCGCCAGGAUGUGUGCUCAUGCACAGCUUCUGUGCAGGCAGCUGUGGCACCUGGAGCAAAAUGCAAGCACAUUAAAGCCUGGAUCCCAGUGAGCACCAUAGGAUCUCAUGUGACAUUCAAAGCUGCUGUGCCUCACUGCCCCAGUUUGCCAGCUGGUUUUGUUUAACUGAAAUUGUCUGCUGUGGUAGAAGUUGUCUUGAAGGAGUGCAAACCAAAUAGUGAAGAGCAGCCUGGCGACACCA